AUGAUUUUAAAUUUUAAUAUAUUACUAAAAAAUUAUUUACAUAUAAGUAACAUACGUAAACUAACUAAAAAAACAAAUAAUCUAUAUAAAAUAAUAGAUAAUUGUUACAUCAUAAAUAUAUUACACACAGCUGUAAGUUUAUACAAACUUUACAAGAUAAUAUUUUUAUUAAGUAAAAAUAAAUCUUAUAUAACACUUAUAAAUACAACAAAACUUAAUACUAAUAAAUUUAUUUAUUAUUUAACUAAAUUUACAAAUAGUAACUGUAUAAAUACUUCAUGGAUAAACGGUACAUUAACUAAUAAAACUGUUAUACAAAAUCUUAUAAUUAUACAUUUAUUUAUAUCAAAGUUAUGUGAACUUGAUAACGAAAUAGACAUGCCUCUAAUAACUAAGUUGAAAAAACUUAAAAUAAAAUAUAACUUUACUAAAUAUUUAAAAAAUAUAUCAUGUUCUAAAUUUGUAUUCAUACUUAAUCUAGAUUCUAAUAUAUUAGCAGUUAAAGAAUGUAACUCUAAAAAUAAAUUUACAAUGGGAGUUUGUGAUUUAAAUUUUAAUACUCUACUGACAGAUUUAAAUAUUUUAAGCAACAAUGUUAAUUUUAAAUCUAUAAAUUUUUUUAUUAAGUUCAUUAUAUCCCCUAUUAUAAGAGGAAGCGUGAACUAA